AUGGCUACCUGUGAAGAUAAGAUUGGUUUAAAUGUUGCCGCAAAGCAGACUUACUACCCAAUCGAACUUUCCAAUGCCGAGCUCUUGGCUCACUAUGAGAUGGUACAGGAGUAUCAUGAAGAAAUCUCGGCCAAUGUGCUCUCUCAAUCAUGUAAAUUCAAGCCCGACUCUAAGCUGAUAGAUCAGCAACCAGAGAUGAACCCUAUAAGUACAAGAAGCAGCAUAGUGACUUUCCUGUUUGAACUGUCGGUUAUGUCUCGAGUCACUGAUGGUAUCUUCUUCCAUGCAGUGCGCCUAUACGACCGUUACUGUUCAAAGAGAGUGGUACUUGAGGAUCAGGCCAAAUUGGUAGUGGCCACUUGCCUUUGGUUAGCUGCCAAGACAUGGGGUGGUUGCAACCAUAUUAUCAACAACGUUUCAAUUCCCACUGGUGGGAGGUUUUAUGGUCCCAAUCCAAGAGCUCGUAUUCCACGUCUCUCCGAGUUGGUACAUUACUGCGGCGGGGCCGAUGUAUUUGAUGAAUCAAUGUUUAUGCAAAUGGAGAGACAUAUCUUGGAUACUUUGAGUUGGGACGUUUAUGAGCCGAUGAUUAACGACUAUGUUUUGAAUGUCGACGAAAACUGUUUGAUACAAUACGAACUUUACAAAAGACAACUUGAUCAUAACAAGGACUGGUGCGAAAAACGCCAAUCACAGGCAUCCCAUGAUAGUGAUGCCACAGUGGAUGAACGCAUAGUAGAAGAUGAAGAGGAGAAUCUUUACGAAGAAGACGAGGAUGAAGACUUAAACACAAAGAUACAGCUAAUAAACUUGAAGAGGUUUCUGAUAGACCUGUCUGCGUGGCAAUACGAUCUAUUGAAAUAUGAGAUGUUCGAAGUCUCACACGGAAUCUUCUCAAUCAUUAACAGAUUCACUAACGGUGAUCACUGUCGCUUUCUAAUGGCACCAUAUCCAACUACAACUAACCAGGCACAGCUGUUAAACAUAUUCAUCAAUGCAGUUGCAAAAGCACCGGGAUCGCUAAUAGAAGUUUACAAGGAGAAAUUAGGCAUAAUGGAAUUUAUCGCCAGCGUCAAAGAGUACCAAGUCGAGCUUCACAAGAAACUGCAGCUCGCAUCCGCAAUGGAUCUCUCGAGAAGACGUGCUGUCAACGCUUCUCACUACUUCGAGAAGGGCCACACCAUACCUUCACCUACUUAUUCACAACACUACACACCCAUGCGAAACACUAGUACGCAGUCUGACAACAGCGUAUUCAGCACAAUGGACCAAUCCUCUCCAAUUACACCGCAGAUGUACAGUUUCAGUCAAUACGCUAACGACAGCGCCUGCGCUAGCUCGUUAAGCGUUAAUAGCAUACCAAACAAAAACUCGGACAACGACUCCAUCUUAGCGUUCAACAGCAGUAAUAAGGAAAACCACAUGCCUGCAGCACAUCAAAUGCCUCCAAGAGCUAAAUUUCUCAACAACGGAAUGUUCGCUUCCCCCAAUGGUACAAUAAAUAGCGGAAAUUCAAGCAACAGGUCGUCACUAGUUUCGCUGGCCAUCGCCAAUGUCAAUAGCAUGGUCUGA